AUGCAAGCCAAUAAUGCUAUUAAGAUGUUAAAAGGUGACCAACAAUUAAAUCUUACCGAUAUUAAUAACAUUAUGUAUGCUGCAGCGAGUGUUAUAGCUGGUGAAAUAAAAGAAAGAUGUGAGCCUAAAGCAAAGCACAAGUCAAAGGAACCAGCCUGGAAGAUGAGGAUAAAGAAAACUAUUGAAGAACUGAGACAGGAAAUAUCUAUCAUUGUUGAAUACAAAAAGGGAGUUACGACAGCUCAAGUACAAAAGAAAGUUGAUACGCUAAUACAAAAGUACCGAAAGGACAAAUGCAUUACAGAGAUAGAACAAACCAUAAAGAUGAAGCUUCAGGCCAAAGCACAACGGCUUAGGAGGUAUACGAAAAGGAGUAAUCAUUACCAUCACAACAAAAUGUUUAACGAAGAUACAAAGAAAUUCUACCGACAACUAAACAAUGAAAACAAUGUAAUUAAACAUCCGCCUACCCAACAACAAAUUGAAGAGUUUUGGCGAGGAAUUCUAGAGAACGAGGUGAUACAUAAUGAAAACGCAUUAUGGAUAAGAGCAGAAAGAGAGAAAUACCAACAUAUCAAGUCAGAUUCUUGGCAGGACUUCACUACGGAAGAAAUAGCAACAGUCAUUAAAAAAUUAAAUAACUGGAAAGCACCUGGACCAGACAAACUACAAAAUGUUUGGCUAAAGCAGUUUACCUCGCUGCAUGCAGACCUAACAAAUGCUAUAAACGAAACUAUCAAGAAUCCUAAUAAUGCACCACAAUGGCUUACCACCGGUAAUACAUUCUUACUCUCUAAAGGAAAAGACACCAAAGAUCCGAAAAAUUAUCGGCCGAUAACCUGCCUACCUACUAUAUUCAAAGUAUUGACAGCAGCCAUUACGAACCGCAUAUACUCCCAUUUAAUUGCACAUAAAAUUCUUCCAGAUGAACAGAAAGGAUGUCGAAGAGCUUCGAGAGGUUGCAAGGACCAAUUGUUACUGAGUAAAAUGGUGGUAUCUACUGCGAAAAAACGAAUGCGUGGACUGGGCCUGGCAUGGAUAGAUUAUAAGAAAGCAUUCGACAGUGUACCACAUUCUUGGAUAUCAACCAUGAUGCAGCUAUGUGGCAUUAAUCCAACCAUAUCCCAAUUCAUUAAUAAAUCGAUGCAAACUUGGAAAACCGAGAUGCUAUUAUUCUAUGAAGAAGGCCAUAUUCAAACAGAGCCCAUUAAAAUCAAAAGAGGGAUAUUCCAGGGAGACUCCCUCUCCCCACUGCUAUUCUGCAUGGCAUUGAUUCCGCUUACCAACAUGUUAAAUAGUCAAAAUAUAGGUUUUAAGCUAGACGAUAGUACCGAAAUAAGUCACCUAUUUUACAUGGACGACCUGAAGUUGUUCACAAAAGAUGAAAGCCAAUUACGACUAGCACUCUCAACAGUCAAGGAAUUCAGUGAUGACAUCAGAAUGGCGUUCGGACUUGAUAAGUGUGCUACGGCAAUAUAUAAAGGUGGCAAGCUAAUUAAGAUAGAUAAUGUAAAAUUAGACGAAAAAACAUCGAUCAGAAAUCUAGAUAUUGGUGAGUCUUACAAGUACCUAGGGGUUGAAGAAAUGGACGGGAUAGAUAACAAUAAAAUGAAGACAAAAAUCUCAAAAGAAUACUACCGGCGAGUAAGGAAGAUAUUAGGUACAGAAUUAAACGCAACGAAUAAAAUAAAAGCGAUUAACACAUUAGCUGUUCCGCUCAUGACCUAUAGUUUUGGUAUUGUUGAUUGGCCAAGAAGCGAGCUUGGAAAAGUGGAUUGCAAAACUAGGAAGCUUCUCACUAUAAGUGGCUUACAUCACCCAAAGGCCGAUGUGCAUAGGCUGUAUAUUAAACGACGAAAUGGUGGACGAGGGUUAAUAGAAAUUGAGUCGGCUUUCAACUCUGCUAUCACAAGUCUGAGCAACUAUAUCGCUCUUAACAGAGAUAAAUACUGCAAGGCAAUAGCAACCCACGAUGAAAAGAAGGCGAAAUACUCUAUUCAAAAAGAAGCUAUCAAUAUCCUAGCCAAAUUCUCUAAACAAGAAACAACUACACAAAAUAUUGAAAAUUUAAAACAUAGUAUAGAACGAAAUAAAAUAGAGAGUUUAGAACAAAAGCGUUUGCAUGGACAAUUCUACCGAAAUCUACAUAAACCGACAGUCGAUCGGGAAGGAAGUACAGCAUGGUUAAGAAGUUCGGGACUUAAAGGAGAAACAGAGAGUCUCAUCAUCGCCGCUCAGGAUCAAGCACUUAAGACCAGAUAUUAUCAGAAAAACAUCCUAAAACAAUCUAUAGACAGCAAAUGUAGAAUGUGCAAUAGAGCGGAAGAACAUAUCAGCCAUCUGGUAGCUGGAUGCUCCACACUUGCUCCGACAGAAUACACCCAUAGACAUAACAAGGUUGCAGCAUACAUACAUUGGAUUAUAUGCAGAGAGUUAGGUGUACAGGUGCAGGACAAGUAUUAUGAACACGUUCCCGAGAAAGUUCUAAAUAUAAACGACACUGUAGUCCUAUGGGAUGUGCCAAUUAUCACAGACCGAACAAUAUUAGCCAACAGGCCGGACCUGGUAUUCCAUGACAAGAAAAACAGUAUCUGCCUCCUGAUCGACAUGUCUGUUCCAGACGACAACAACAUAUCAGCGAAAGAAGCAGAGAAGAUCAGCAAGUAUAAAGAUCUUGAAAUUGAAAUCAGCAGAAUGUGGAACACGAAGUCGAAAGUAGUCCCAGUAGUAGUUGGUGCACUGGGUAUGCUUACUAAAGGUCAUAGUAAUUUCAUCAAACUUAUACCUGGCCAUCCAUCAACGAACGAAGUACAGAAGAUAGCUUUGCUGGGAACAGCACACAUACUCCGAAAGGUGUUAGGGUGA